AUGGAUCCGGGAUACUAUAAGGUGACCGAGGGUAGCCUGAAGAUGGAAAGCAACGAAGAAUAUCGCAAGUUAAUCGGUUGCCUGCUAUACCUGUCUGUCAACAGCCGUCCAGAUGUCGCAGCGGCAGUUGGAAUAUUGAGCCGGAAAGUUAGUUGCCCAUCGGUGACGGACUGGACCGAAGCCAAACGUAUUGUACGCUACCUGCUACACACGCUUGACUACGGAUUGACGCUUGGAAGGGGUGAUUGUGAGCUACUGUUGUCAGGAUAUUGCGAUGCGGAUUGGGCUGGUGACAGCACUGACCGUAAAUCCUGUACCGGUUACAUGUUGAGUAACCCCCAAGUAACCGUGACUUGGGUGAGCCGGAAGCAGAGCUGUGUGGCCAUGUCUACCAUGGAGGCCGAAUAUGUGGCCCUCUCAGAGGCUACGCAAGAGGUUGUUUGGUUGCGGCGUUUGCUAACUGAACUGAACGAGAAUCAACGGCGGCCGACAGUUAUUUUCGAAGAUAACAAGAGUUGCCUAGAUUUCGUCGCAUUGGAUCAGUAG